GAGUGCGGGCGGGAGGGCGCCUGUCAGGGUCCCAGGGAGUGGCAGCCCCCAGGUGGCUGCCGAGCCGGAGCCGGAGCCGGAGCCGGGCCUCCGCGCCGCGCCAUGGCGCCCACCCUGGCCACUGCCCAUCGGCGCCGCUGGUGGAUGGCCUGCACGGCCGUGUUGGAAAACCUCCUCUUCUCGGCAGUCCUCCUGGGCUGGGGCUCGCUGCUCAUCAUGCUCAAGUCGGAGGGCUUUUACUCGUACCUGUGUACUGAGCCAGAGAUUGUCACCAACGGCACAGUGGGGGUCACAGCGGAGCCGCAGCAGGAGCACGAGGAGAUAACCUGGAUGAAUGGCUGGCUCAGCUGCAAGGCCCAGGAUGAGAUGCUAAACUUGGCCUUCACCGUAGGCUCCUUCCUGCUCAGUGCCAUCACCCUGCCUCUGGGCAUCGUCAUGGACAAAUAUGGCCCAAGGAAGCUCAGGCUACUGGGCAGUGCUUGCUUUGCUGUCUCCUGCUUGCUGAUUGCAUAUGGAGCAAGUAACCCGAACUCUCUCUCUGUGCUCAUCUUCGUUUCCCUGGCUCUGAACGGCUUUGGUGGGAUGUGCAUGACUUUCACCUCAUUAACACUACCCAACAUGUUUGGCGACCUUCGGUCCACGUUUAUUGCCUUGAUGAUUGGAUCCUAUGCCUCCUCAGCAGUCACCUUCCCGGGAAUCAAGGUCAUCUACGACUUUGGUGUCUCUUUCAUCAUCAUCCUCGUGGUCUGGGCCAGCUGCUCUGGACUGGUUUUCCUCAACUGCUUCUUUAACUGGCCCCUGGAGCCUUUCCCGGGGCCGGAGGACAUGGACUACUCGGUGAAGAUCAAGUUCAGCUGGCUGGGCUUUGACCACAAGAUCACAGGGAAGCAGUUCUACAAGCAGGUGACCACAGUGGGGCGCCGCCUCAGCGUGGGCAGCUCCAUGAGGAGCACGAAGGAGCAGGCGGCCUUGCAGGAGGGCCAUAAGCUGUGCCUGUCCACCAUUGAUCUGGAGGUGAAGUGCAAGCCAGACGCUGCAGCGGCCCCCUCCUUCAUGCACAGCGUGUUCAGCCCCAUCCUGUUGCUCAGCCUCCUCACCAUGUGCAUUACGCAGCUGCGGCUCAUCUUCUACAUGGGCGCCAUGAACAACAUCCUCAAGUUCCUGGUCAACGGCGACCAGGACGUAGUUGGCCUCUACACGUCCAUCUUUGGUGUGCUCCAGCUUCUCUGCCUACUGACAGCCCCUGUCAUUGGCUGCAUCAUGGACUGGAGGCUGAAGGAGUGUGAAGAUGCCUCUGAGGAGCCUGAGGAGAAAGAUGCCAACCAAGGCGAGGAGAAGAAGAAGAAGCGAGACCGGCAGAUCCAGAAAGUCACCAAUGCCAUGCGGGCCUUCGCCUUCACAAACCUGCUGCUCGUGGGCUUUGGGGUGACCUGCCUCAUUCCCAACCUGCCUCUACAGAUCCUGUCCUUCAUCCUGCACACGGUUGUGCGAGGGUUCAUCCACUCCGCUGUCGGGGGUCUGUACGCAGCUGUGUAUCCCUCCACCCAGUUUGGCAGCCUCACGGGACUGCAGUCACUGGUCAGUGCACUCUUCGCCCUCCUGCAGCAGCCCCUGUUUCUGGCCAUGAUGGGUCCCCUGCAAGGAGACCCCCUCUGGGUGAACGUGGGGCUGCUCGGCCUGAGCAUGCUGGGGUUCUGCCUCCCCCUCUACCUCAUCUGCUACCGGCGCCAGCUGGAGAGGCAGCUGCAGCAGAAGAGGGAGGACGACAAGCUUUUCCUCAAGCUGAACGGCUCCUCCAACCCGGAGGCUUUCGUGUAGCGCCCACCACCUCGGAACUGUGGCCUCCUGCCCUUGCUUCAGUGACUCACCGGUGUCCUUCUCCCCAUCCCAGAGGACCUCCGUGCACCCUCAGGAUCCUCUCCUUCACAUUUUGGAGUCCACGCUCCCUCCCGGGGCCCUGGUCCUGCCUUGGAGCUCUGCAGUGGAAGGAUGGGAGAGGGCCCGGAUGUGCGAUUUUCCUACUGCUGGAAGCAAGGGCUGCCGUGGGCUUUGCUCUGCCACCCUCGAGGGGCCCUGGGGCCUUGAGGCUCCGUGGUGCCUGCAGGGCAAGCAAGGAGGACCCCCAGCAGGCAGGCUCUCUCCCUUAAGUGUCUGGAUUCUGCCUCUUGCCAAAGCAGUGGGGUCUGCCAUCUACUGCCUGCCACCUGCCUCUCGGCUGCAUGCCCACUGGCCACACCUGCCCAAGGACAAAGGCUUGCGCUGUCUGCUCCCCCUCGCCUGGCCCCUCGACCUCCUCCCUUGGCCAGUCUGAGGCUGCCUGAGGAAGGAAGGACCCGCUUCCUGUUGUUGGUGCUAACCCCUUUGUCAUUCCAGCCCCCUGUGGCCUGUCCAUGACCUGGUCUCCUGUUACAGGCCUGUGGAGAAGCCCCUGGCUGGCUUAAAGCCUGGGGAGGAGAUGGAGGGCUGGAUAUUCAGGCACCGCUCAGGGGCCAAGGACAAGGCUGAUUAAGCAGUCCCUCACCUCCUCCCUCUGGGGGAGGAGCAAGUUUCCACUGCCACCUUCCAUCCAGUCUGUGACCUGAAGGGAAUUAAAACAGCACCAACAGGGCACCCCCUACACACACAGCUGUUUUUAUGGGGGUGGAAGUCAGGCUGUUGCUGACAGACGGAGGUCCAGGCCUGACUGGGGAGAUGGGUUGUGAGGGGCCCAGGGGUGCGUGUACAUGUGGGAUGUGUGACCAUGUGGCAUGUGUGAGAUGUGUGUGGGGUGGUGCUGAGGUGUGGGCUCUGGGUGUCUGCCCCUAUUCUCCCGGAGCCCCGCUACAGGCCCUGGGGCCUGGAGGCCGCCUCGCUCUGGACCUGGAGCUUGUCGGAGGCUGUGGGGUUACAGCGCCCCCUGCCGGCGGGCUCCUCCAGGGCCCUGGAGCUGUUUACGUGAGAGAGGCCCCUGUCCUCUGCCAGGCUGGCCUGGCUGUCCAGCCACCUGCCGCCUGACUGCCCCCAGAAAUGUGUCUGAGACUUCCUGGGAGCGCGCAGCAGGGUGGGUUGAUUUUUGGGUUUAUACUUUCGGGUCUUUUAAGUUUUACCAGACUCCUUUUUAUAAAGCAAUAAAUCCAUUUUCCUCCUGGGAAGGGAUGCCCCUGCUAGCAUUUCAGUUAAUGGCUACACGUGCCUGCUUUGAGCUCGAGAAGAAAAGGCAAGACAAGAUUUUUCUGCCACUGACCAGCCCCAGUCAUACCCAGUCGCUCCCCGUCUCUCUGGGUGAUUGCCAUCUUGGGAGCUGCACCGGGGCAGGAGAAGACGGUAUUCCCCGAGCUUGCGCCCAGACAAACUGGGCUUGUGCAGACAUCUUAGAAGUGGGAGCCACCCCUGCUCCGCUAUCCCAGCCAAACAGCGAAUCCUGACCCUUUCCAUCCCUUAUUCAGAUUUCCUCCUCCUGGCUCAACUGCCCUGAGGGUUCCUCCUGAGCUCAGGACAAAGGGUGACACCGAGAGACAGAGGCAGAAUGCGGUCUCGGGCUCCAAGAGACAGAGGCAGAAUGCGGUGAGGGGAACUGGUGGAGGACAGGAAGGGACAGAUCCAGGCCCAAAUUUGAGCUCUGCGUGAACAGUUGAGCACCUCGAACACACCUCAUUUUCCCAGGCUUCAGUCCAGUCCACUCAAACAUUAAAAAGCAAAAACCAUUUGUUUAAAACAAACAUUUUUAAAAAGGAGAGAGAACCUAGAUCAACAUUUCCCAAACCACUCCUUAGAGCACUAGUUCCUAUAAGGUGUUAAUUAUUCUCAUUUAAAAACAAAAAAAACUUUCCCGGUCAGGGGCGCCUGGCUGGCUCAGUCAGUACAGCAUGUGACUCUUGAUACUGGGGUUGUGAGUUUGAGCCCCACGUUGGGCAUAGAACUUACUUUAGAGAAAAGAAAGAUGGUCAGAUCUGGGAAACGCGGGGUUAAAGUCAAGCGUGUUUUCUUACAGCAGCAGGCACUUGCUGCACUGGUCGCGUUUGUUCCUGGAGGUGAGGCCCCCAAGAGCAGGGGCGGUGUGCUGCAGAGGGAGCACCAGUUUUAGCGGCCGGAGCCGGCCUCCACGCGAGGCCCAGUGGCCGCCUGCGGCAGGAACACCUCGGGCGCUUGUUAAAAAUGUGACCUCUGGCCUAGUCUACAUUUGGCUAAACACCCCCCCCCCCCCCCGGCCAUCCUGUGCCCCCAAACGUUUGAGACCUCAUUCUGCUCUGACCGUAGGGAGUUGAUGGGUUACAUAUUUUUCUAUUAUCAUCCUUGAAUCGUGAUAACAACCGAGGAGUUAGAUACUAUCCCUAUUUUAUAGCUGGAAAACUCGAGGCCCAGAGGGUGCAGUCACUUGCUCAAGAUUAGAGCUGGUACUCAGAGGCUUCUGAGGUCAUCAGAGAAUCCAAAGCCCUCCAGACCAGGACAUUCCAUUCAGAGCUCCAGCCCCAGGGCCCAUCUGGCCCUUGGGAGCAGCCAGCAACAGCCCCAGGGAAGGGAAGCAAAAAGCCAGGCACGGUCUCCGUUUCCCCGAGCCAAGAGCUUCCUUGGAGCGGGGGUUGAGCUCUACUUCAUAGAAUCGUGUUGGCUGAUGGGUGCUUGCGGGAACAAGUCUCCCCCAACCCUGAGAGGAGUGCCCUGGGAGGGGACGGGACCACGGGCUGGUCAAAGGCAGUGGGCAUCAAGGGGCCACAGACCUCUGUCUCCACCUCCCCUCCCCGCAUUCUUCAGGCUCCCGGUGGGAAGGAACAGGGAGUGAUACCUGGAGUGAGUCGGAGUGAGGAAGGGGGCUGCACCACCCUCGGGAGCAUUGUCAGGAGUCCCCCCCCUCUCUAGUCUCCCUGGACUCUUGUCUAGGAGUCUAGUCAUUCCUUUGUGGUUGGCUCUCUCCAGACCCUCCUGGGGGAAGGUUCCGACCCUUCUAAAGGUCACAGGUAUGGUUGCAGGCCCUUGGGGGUCCCCUUCUGUUUUGUUCUUUCUCCUUUCCCGCUUGUACCGGGAAUUGGCCUGGUCAAAAGAACGUCUGCUUCAGCCCUCCUCGUCAUGGCCCUGGGCUAUGUAGUCUGAGGGGACAUCAUACUGCCCUGGGCCCCAAGGACCCUGAAAUGGGGCCACACCUGGUACUGGGGGUACAUAGGCAGGACUGCCCCAGGCAGCAGCAUGAACACAUUCAGCCCAGUGGAAUUUCUGAUGCACUUGCACGUCAGCCUAUGUGAGUUUGAGUGAAUACGUAGGGGGGCUGGAGGGGCGGCGUUCAGACAAGCAGUUGGCACUUUGUGGUGAGGGGCUCCUGUCAGAAAACUCUGAGAAGUCCUCUCCAUGGGACUGGGCUUCGGGGGGCACCAGCUCCCCUCCCUCUGAAGGAGAAUACAGUGGCUUCUCAUGGGCUCUUGGGGUGGUGAGGUGCCUUAUCUGUACCAAUUACCAGGGGCCCAACUCAAAGGACAUAUAAAUGGUGGAAUUACGAGGAUUUGGAGCCCAAGACCCCCAAAGUGAAGGAGUUGGUUUUCCAUAGGCGGCAGCAACCCACUCCCAGGGUUGGGGGUAGGUCAGGGAGAAUAGGUGGGCUCUGUGAGCCUGUUUCCACCCGUGCCCUAACUUACCCAAGCCCUGGGGUGAGGAGGUAGUGCCAGGAAGGAGGUGCAGCAUCGUCCGGGGGGGUGGCCUGCCACGGGGCAAAGCUCUCUCUGUCCGCAGGGAGCCGCCGCCUGUGCCCCUGGGUCUCUGCAGACAGCAUGCCCACCUUUGAAGUUCAUCAUUCUCAGCCUCCUGGGGUGGAUCUGAGAGCAACCGGGGCCCCUGGCAGCUCCCAGCCCCAUCCCAGAAUGAGGCUCCAUCUCCCUGUGCCAAGGAGGAGCAGAGGUUAGAGGUCCCACCACAAAUACUAUCUCGGUGACAUUAGGCAUGUCUUGAGCCUCAGUUUCCUUAUCUGUAAAAUGGAGGUAAUACCCUCACCGUGAGGUAGGUGAACAUGGACACCCAGCCCUUGCACACUGGUCUACUUGGUACUUCGUAGGUACCUAACAAGUGAGAGCAUUGUUUCUGAUUCUAAAGGCGUGCGGAUAGCCCAGGGAGCGAAGACCACCCCCUCCCCUAACCCCAUCCUUAUAAUCAGACAUCUACUUUAGGCACCUCGGACCAGGUGAAGGAAGGGAAGUCUCUCUCUAUGCAAAAGCCUUAAGAAGUUGUCCUGUUGUCCGUUUUUCUUUUAUGCCUCACAUUUUAGUUAAGAGAUUUGGCCCCAAAGCUUCUUGAGAUAAUUUGUAAACAUUGAGGCACCCUGACGGUUUAUGCCAAGCGGGGUGACUCCGAUCACGGCUUGUAGGCAGCACUGCCAUGCCACCUCCUGUACAACUGCUCGGCUGUGCCUCGGUGUGCGCGCGUGUGCAUGCGUGUGUUCAGAUGUGUUCGGGGCCCGUCCGGUGUGGUUGCGUUUUGAGGAGUGUGUGUGUAGGGGCUCGUCUGCGGGCCACCUCUCCAGCUGGCCAGAGAAGAGGGAGGGGGUCUUGCCUCACUGAGGCCCUUUCCAUGGCUGGAAAGGCCUGCCUGGGUCCUGAGUGGUGCCUGGAGGAUUCCUCGGUUCCCCGAGUUAACCAGGGUCAAUAGCGUCACCAUAACUCAGUAACAGACCCCGAUUUCCUGCUCCAUUGCUGUCUCUGGCACCUGGCUUACUUCCUGGCACACAGUAAGCACUCAAUAAACGUAUGCUGAGAAUGACUAA